AUGGUCCGUCUCAAAAACCGUUAUCUACUCAUCGAUAUCCUAUACCCGGAUCCAGCAACAUGGCCUUCCACCAAAGCCAAACCCAACACUUCCACCUCCGCACAACUGGCCAUUCACUCACCCACCUCCGACGCGCUGACACCGGGCCUCCUUGCAAAGAUGAUCCGUGAGGAAGUCAGCGAGCUGUAUGGUGACUGUGGUGUGGGAAAAUUAGGUGGUGCUUCUGCGGGAGGAAUUAAUGUCAAAUACCUUUCGCCCGCAACAUCAACUGCUAUCCUCCGCUGUCCCCGCGCAUCAUUCCGUCUCGUCUGGUCCGCUCUUACAUACAUGUCGCAUGUACCCGCAGCUGGCGGUGAUCCGUCUCAGAAGCGACCAAACGGAGGCAAAGAACGGGGGUGUGUCUUUCGGGUCUUGAGGGUGUCGGGAACAAUGAAGAAGGCCGAGGAGGAGGCUAUUCGACGGGCAAGGAGGGAGAUUGUUCGCGUUAGAGGGAUUGAGGAGCAGGGCGUGUUGGGAGACUUGAUUUCGGGUGCCGGGGGGAAGGAUCUGACUAUGCAGAAUAUUGUGGAUGCGAGUGACGAUGAGAUGGAUGAUGAUGAGGACUGA